AGUUAGAUAAACAAUCCAUGCCACAUUCCAAUCAGAACCGUCUCGCUGAUAUGUGUAACGAGAAUUAUUACAAGAUCAACAACGAUCCAUUCAUGUUACAGCUCUCAUUUUGAUAGUAGCAGACCGUCCAACAUUUUGAAGCUUCGCGUUAAUUUUAUCAUUUCAGCGAAAUACUAUCCUAUUUUGCAAAUAUAUCAUGCAAAAACUCGAAAGAAAUCCAAGACGCUAACCAGAUGUGCAAAUAUGAAAUGUUUUGGUUUUGUAACCAGUGAUAUUCGCGACUUCGUCAGUUUCACUUUUCAUCAAACAGCUGUGUGAGUGAUGCAAUUGACAGGGAAUUACUGAAGCCAGCCAGAGGGUUGAUAAAGAGACUGAGAUGCCCUUGUUUGAUUAAUUCGAUCACAAAGAAAGCCAAAGGACCAAAGGUAGGACCUCCUAGUUGUUCCAGUUUGUUUACGUUCAUUGAUAACCGAUAUCUUAUCUGUGCGGAAUUGUGACGUCAUCGCAAAAUGUGGACAUCGUUAUUCUUAUCAAUUUUAUCCUUUCACCUGAUUACGGGAUCCCCGUGUCCCAUCACCAUCAGCGAGCUGCAACUGGCGGUAAAACAAGUGAAUCAAGAGUUCAUUGAACUGCGCAAACACUGCGCCGAGCCCGUCGAUUUAUCCCCAUACACCCUGGUGUUUUGGCGCGGCCAUGGUGGCAAAGCCAACAAGCGACACCCCCGAAAUGCUCCCGAUGCCAUUCUGCAGCACCGCGUCAACUUCACCGCGUCAGGCAUUUCCCACAUGAACGAGACGUUCUUGGUGAUCGGCAACAACAUCACCGCCACCACCACAGAUUUUUACACUUUUGAACACGUAGGAUGGAAUAAAAGUAACGAUUUUUAUCUGGAUCGCGGCAACGCCAAGACAAAUGCCUUGGUCCUGUACGCUAAUCUCACUGAUAAAGAUUUGCCAAUCAACGCCACAUUGAAUGACAUCACAGCACACCACGAUAAGAUUGUCGAUCUGCUGUUCUACUAUCAUUCCGGGAGUGCACACGGGAUUAAGGAAUUUUUGUUCCCGGAAUAUAUCGUGGGACAACCGGGCACGAAGGGCUCAUCGUACUACCGUUUGUGGGAUCAGCGGAACAACAAUAGCACCGACAGUCAUUCGUUUAGUUUCUGCUGCAAUGACACGAUGGUCAGCAGCAAAUGGCCAAUGGGCUUUAAGUGGACGGAACCGACGCCCGGGGCGGAGAACAACUGUACGGCCGAGUACUGUCUAGAUCCGAAAUUUAAGAAUUUUCCCAUAACGCUGGAUCGGUGUGACGUGCAGAAGGUGGAAAAUUAUUUCGUCACCACCACUCCGCCGCCUACGCACCCUACCUCACAAGUGACAACAGGCGCGCCGGCCGCGUCAACCACGCCACACAGUAGUACGUCGCUAGGGAUUUCCGUUGGAAUUCCCGUCGUCCUGGUAGUGCUUGUCCUGGUUGGUCUCGUUGGAUUCUGUAUCUUCAAGCGAAGAGGAUAUUCGCCCUUGUCAGCGGAUGGUGGCGGUGGUGUGCAUUGCCUCAACUGCUUCCACCGGCAAGACGAAGGUGACCGGGAUCGUCUCGUAUACUAAAACUGCUUGUUUGCAUAUUUUGAUUGCUCAUCAUGCUGGACCAAAGCUGUGAAGCAAGUUCCUGUGUAUUAAUGUUGCCGGAAGUGCUCCAAUCUAAAAUGAAUUUCGAGUAUUCGAAAUUCAAAUACACUACCGUUUGAAUUCCGAGUAAUCGGAAUUGCAAUUGCAGGCAUUCCAACUCCGAGUAAUCGCAAUUUAAAAGGACGCAGUUGUAAUUUCGAAUAUUCGGAAUUGCAAUGCAUAUCAUAUGAAUUUUAAGUAAUCCGUUGUUAAAAGAAAUUUUACUUAAUAUUUUGAUUAUAAUUUAUCAUCAAACUACGUACUAUGGAACUGGAAGUUUUGAUGCGAUACCUUACAUAGAAGUAGUAAUACUGAUUACGUAUUUAUGACCGAAAUAAUUUUAUUAAUUAAAUGACAGCAGAAUUUAAUUUCGAGCGCUCGGAAAAUUUUAGGGCGUGGUCAUUAAACGUUGAUGUACCUUUA